AUGUCAAUGCCCGAAGUAAUUCUCCAUCCGUUAGCAAUUUUGACGAUCACACAAAGUGCGACAUACACGACUGUCAAUUUUUCUUCGACCGCCCCGCGACGCAGUGUCGGGAUAUUGAUGGGAUUAAAAAAAGGGGAUUCGAUUGUCAUCCGAUGUGCUCUUGAAUUUCCCGAGUCGGAACUCCUCGAAAAAAUGCAAAAUGGGUUAAAACUAUUUAAAGAAGGAAAUAAAGAUUACGAGAUUGUCGGGUGGUUUGCUGCUAUGGCUAAUUGUGAGCCACAAAUGGCUGACAUCGACUUCCAUCAGAAAGUCUGUGCCGAUCAAAAUGGAGUCUUCUUGUUAUUAAAUACUACAAAGUGUUAUGACCCAAAGACUGAUAAGAUUCCUGUGACUCUUUGUGUGGUCCGAAAUAACCUCUUCGUUCCGUGCAAGUACUCAAUUGCUUUAUUAUUUGAUAUAGUACAAUGUUAA